AUGCCGACCCCGGGAAGCCUGGGUCGUGUCCGUCUGACUGGAAUCAUCGACAUCCGACAAGACGGUUCAACCGUAAUCACCGAGCAAUUUGGUCGGUCGGAUGAGCGAAUCUGGUGGCGCUCAAACCACCCGAAACCUACAGAAAUACGGACCCGAAGCGCUAUGGGCUUUACAGCCUUGGAACAUCGCCAGAAGGAAGCUAUGUUGGCAUGCGAGAAUGAGGUCCCGGCCACAGGACUCGUGUUCCGAGGCGCGUGCGGUGGAAACGACAGCACAUCAGCUCCAGGCUGUGCCGCCUUCAUGCUUGAAAUCUGGUUCCGUUCCAGGGCUUGGCUUGACGUUGCCGAGCGGCCGUGGGCAUCUUGCCAAUUCUCCGAGGCCCGCUGUGACGGUCCAACGAGGUUCCGGGCACAUCCUUACCAGAGAGCACCGAGCUUAGCCAGGGCUGCGCAUCUCGUUUGUUCUUGCCCGGUCUCCUCAUUGAUCAAGCAAUCGUUUGACAGCGAAUCAGCUUCCCGUGGUGCAGUUUCCCAGACGGACCAGCAGGCGUUGCGAGUCACCCGCCAGACACGGCCCCCCGAUGCGGCUAGAAACAGGCGAGACAUCUGCACUGGGGGGGGUUAA